AUGUCUGAGGCUGGCCAAGGCAUUUCGUCUGAGGGUCUUUUGGUGGUUAUCUGGACGCUGGCCAGCGUAUCGACCGUGUUGCUUGCCGGCCGCUUACUCAUCCGAAGUAUUGUACUGAAGAGUUUCCACUUGGAUGACAUGUUCGGGGCCAUAUCUUGGCUCUUGAUGAUGCUUGUUAUGAUUAUCGCGACAGUUGAGCUCCCACUGAGUUAUCAAUAUUCUUCGAUUUUGAUAGGCGAGUCUCCAGCACCCCCUGAGUCCGAACUCGAAAACAUGGCCAUUAGGCUACGCAAAUGGGAUGUAGCCUCCGAGACGUGCUUCUGGACAUCGCUUUUUUGUGUUAAGCUUUCCUUCAUGUUUCUUUAUAAAAUUGCUUUUUGUCCUCGCAACAAGUACAAUCGUGUCUGGUCAUGGAGUCUGAUUUACAUCGUGCUUUGUUAUGGGACUUGCCUUAUUGGUGUGUACGGCCAGUGUGGUGACGCAAUUAAUCUAUUCUCUUACGAGGAGUGUAUAACGCCCUAUGUUGCAUUGCUUCAGUCGAGGCUAGUAUGGGUCGAUUAUUUCUUCAAUGUCACCUCUGAUAUUGUUGUGAUUGCGCUUCCGAUGCCUGUGAUUUGGCGCUUGAAUAUGGGCACGAAGCAGAAGCUUGCUCUAUCUGCCAUUUGCAGCCUGGCAAUGAUUACAAUUGCAUUUGAGACAGUGCGAUCCGUAAAAUUACACCAGUUGGACAGUCACCUCACCAACCUCUACAGCUAUCUUGAACUGCUGGUAUCUGUGCUUAUUAGUCAGUUACCAUCAUACCGCUUCUUAAUUUCCCCCUCAGAAAAGGACCGCGAAUACCGCCGCCUAUUUUGGAGUCGUGUUACUAUGAGGAGUUACCACUCCGGCUUUUCAGGAUACUCCAUGCAAAACUUUGACCGCACACCGCGUGCGACCGAAUCUUGGGGGACUACCCACAGUACCAUUAGAGGUCGAGAGGUGCCAUCUCCAAUUUCAAUUAAUACCAAAUAAUAAUUCCCAAUGGUACUGUUUACAUAGUAUACAAGAUGUCAGAACAGCAAGAAAGUUGACAUGGUACAAGCCGGACGCGGGGUGGAAUAGAAUGACCAAGACGUUCCCUAUCUGAUAAUAUUUUCUACCUAACCAACUUGUUGAGUUAUACUUCGUGUUUUCGCAGUACUCUCUUCAGUUCCAGUUACAUUUUCUCACAGAUAUCAUCACCUUUCAUCCCAUAUUUAAGAUUAAUUCAGGAUAGUAAGGGGCGCUCGUCUGUCAAUAUAAAUGUGUUCAAUCUUCCCAAAGCACUAAACCUACCUUCUUCUAAUUAUAG